AUGUCGAAGCACCAGCAGGUGCAGUUGCUUGAAGCUGCGUCGAUUUUGGUCGGCAUGAACGACCCGGUUCCCGAAGACGAAGUUCUGGAGCCUUCAAGCUUGCGCAUGCAGAGAAGAUUGUCACUGAGGCCCGAAUCGCUUCGCUUCAGUGACUCCUUUGGCUCCUCUGGCGGCUUCGAAGUCGAGCAAAACCCACAUGCUGCGCUGGACAGAUCUCUUUCCUUUUCUGCCCACCCACCGCUGGCGGUUGAAAUCUCAAGGCUUUAUCCGGGCCAUGUAGGCGGCUACAUUGAUGUCCCUAAACGGGAACAUAUAAUCAAGCGGCGUGAAAGCGAAGUGAAGGAGGAGUCGGAGGAAGCUGCCGAGUCCGACGAAGAGAUAAUCGGCAAGAUGGAGUAG